CACUACAUACGCAGCGACACGACGCUGAUUAACACUAGUGAAAAACAGUAAAAUAAAUAACAAUAACGCUUUAAAUAACAACAAUUGCAUGUGAAACAUAAAACAGAAAAAAAACCGGAUCUUGCAUAAAACUAACUAAUAAUUUGCAAAAACAAUUGUGAAGGGCAAGAAAAUAUAAUCAAAUCGGGGGCGUUUGUAGACGACGAGAACUAGUUGCAACAAGUUUCAUUAGUAUUAGUGUGCGUGUAUCAGUGUUGGUGUUAGUGUAUGUAAGUGCUUGUGUGUGUCUACAUAUGUGUAUAUGUGCGUGUGCUGGGUCUUGAUGUCUGCGCUGUUUCCCAGACAGAGCCACCAAGCAGCACACCACAGGUGAAUUAUUGGGUGCAAUUCGUUGACGACACGACGCUGCUGCCUUGGCAGAAAGAAGCUAAAACAAAACAUCAACAACAACAAUUUAAAACCCCAACUAAAUAGAAGGCAGCAACAACGCUAACCACAAAAUGCUGCGUUUUCUAAGCCGUCGCAAGGUACGCAACAACUAUGCGGAUAGUGGCAGCGGCGUCGGCGGUCGUACUGGAGGUGGUGGAGGAGGCGGCGGCGUCGGUGGUGCCGUCAUUGCCAGCAGCAGCGGGUCACAGAUUAAGCCCCAACGAAUUGUGGUUAACAAGAAUAAAAUCGACUGUCGGGUUAUACUACUGGACAAUACUGACCUUUCCAUCGAAUUAUCGAAAAAGGCAUUGGGCAGCUUCCUAUAUGAGCAAGUCUUCUACGCUUUGGAUAUCAUUGAAAAGGAUUACUUUGGUCUUCAGUUUAUGGAUGCCAAUCAUGUGAAGCAUUGGUUAGAUCCCACCAAACCCAUAAAGAAGCAAGUGAAAAUUGGCCCACCUUAUACAUUCCGCCUAAAAGUGAAAUUUUAUUCCUCUGAACCAAAUACCUUGCGUGAAGAGUUGACACGGUAUUUAUUCUUCUUGCAACUAAAACAAGACUUGCUGGAAGGUCGUCUUGACUGUCCCGAUGACAAAUCCACCGAGCUGUGUGCCUUGGCCCUGCAAUCGGAGUUGGGCGAUUAUGAUGAUCAAGUCCAUUCGGCAGCAACUGUCUCCGAGUUUCGUUUUGUGCCCGAGCAGACAGAGGAUCUGGAAAUUUCUAUACUGGAAGAAUAUAAAACUUGCCGGGGUCUAACACCAGCUCAGGCGGAGACGGCAUUUCUCAACAAGGCCAAGUGGCUGGAUAUGUAUGGCGUGGACAUGCACACAGUGCUGGGCAAGGAUGGCUGCGAAUAUCAUUUGGGUCUAACACCCACAGGCAUAUUGGUUUUCGAGCGGGAUCAGAAGAUUGGUCUCUUCUUUUGGCCGAAGAUAAGUAAAUUGGAUUUUAAGAAAAAGAAGCUCACCUUAAUUGUCAUCGAGGACGACGACGAUGGUCGGGAGCAGGAGCAUACAUUUGUGUUCCGCCUCUACAAUGAGAAGGCCUGCAAACAUUUAUGGAAAUGUGCCGUGGAGCAUCAUACGUUCUUCCGCCUGCGAGCGCCUGUUAAGGGACCCUCAGCUAGACAAAAUUUCUUCCGCAUGGGUUCUCGCUUCCGCUAUUCCGGUCGCACAGAAUUUCAGACCACACAACAAAGUCGUGCCCGGCGAACAGUGCAAUUUGAGCGUCGUCCAUCGCAAAGGUUUGCCAGCAGGCAAUCGCAUUUGCUGCGGGAGCGUCAAAAGGAAUCUGCGGCAGCUGCCGUGGCCACAGUUAAUGCUCGUGCCGCAGCUGCAGCUGCUGCAGCGGCAGCCACACCUCAGCCACCACCAGUAAUUGCAUCUCCCAUUGUGGAUAACAACAACGAAACAUUCGACUCUCUUAUCUCCACGGAUCAGUUCGUUCCAGUUACGCCCUCGCCAUCUGUGCUGACUGUGAUACAGAAUUCGGCUAUCAUCGAACCUGACGCUGCCUGCAGUGCCUCAAUCAGCUCCUCCACCCAUGCGUCAGCUGCGGGGGCCACUUGUGCCUCACUUGGCCGUAAUUCCCUUCGAUCAAACUUCAGUAAUGAUGAUCCGGCGUAUAGUAAAAUUGGAUCCAUUGGCAAGGCAUCUGGCUUGGGUCUGACUGUGAAGUUGGAGCCGGAAUAUACCCCACCGUACUCACCGAAUGCCACCAAGAACUUUGAUGAGACCAAUCCGUUUAGAAAUGCCGGUGCCGCCUCGCACCAUGGAAGCUUUGGCAAGGCAUCCAUUAGCUCCGGCCAGCUCAGUGUUAAGAGCGGCUUAUCGGAUAAAGAUAGAGAGCUAGACUCAUUGCUUAAGUCCAUUGUCAAAGAUCCAUCCCCAUCAGUGCUAGCAAAUGAAGCCAUUAACGAUGCUAACAGUAUCAGGGUAACCAUCAACAAGACUUUUGACAUGGAUCACAAUACGGAGACAUUGAAACGCCUCUCAAACGUCAAUGAGAAGCCCAACAAUCAGGUGAAGCUGGCCAAUGUGAGUGCCACGGCCCUGCCGCCGGGCAACAUCAAGUGCAAUAUCCUAAAAGCUCGAGUGGAAGAAGAAAUGGGAGCCAGUGGCAAUGCCAAGUUGACUAAUCAAAUGUUUGUUCCCGCCGCCACACAUAACAACAAUAAUAACAACAAUAAUACCAACAGCAAUAACAAUCAUGCACACGGUUCGGAUGGACCGGAUUCCUUAAAUGCCACCUACAUAUCUGUGGGCGGAGAUAAGCUGACGCUCAGCAUACCGGAACAGAAACCAACAACAACAAGCGGCAAUGCCAGCUCUAGCACCAGCACCUCCAGCACAACAACAACAACCAACACCACAAACUCACCCUUUAGUAACGCUGCAUUUAUAUCGGGCUAUAAUGCCCCGUUAACACCGCCAUCAUCGCUGCCAGCCACACUGAACAACACCAGCAGCAGCAGCAUGGCCACCACUGUGACCACGAUUAGUACUCCAAAUAGCCCAACUGCUGCUGCUGCUACGAAUUUAAAUGCAACUGAGCUAAUACCCAGUGCUCCCCCAACUGCCAUGCUGAGCAAUGCAUCAGCUGCCGAAAUACUCAUUAAUGAAAUCUUCAUUAACAAUAUCAUCAACAAUAAUGCCAAUGCCAUGGCCCACAAUAUGGCCAGCGGUAGCGGUAAUAGCCAAGCAGCCAGUGGUUCGGAGGCAGCCAGUGCAACAAAAACACCCAGCGCUGGCACUUUGCUCUUCUCCACGCUCAGCGAGCAGGAGCGUCUGGAGACCCAAAAGACGACAACACUUCAGAAUCACAGUGAAAUCGAUGGGCCAGCAAGUGAAAAGAAAACCAAGAUCAAUCAGCAGGCAGAGAAAAAUCGCAUUCCGGCCAACAGCAAUAAUGAUAUGGUCUCGCCCUGGUUGGUCUCAUCUGAAGUCGUGUCGGCCCCCAAGGGACGCGAACCGACCAUUAUACGCAAAUCCGUUAUUACAACACAGUUGUAAUUAUUGUUUAACUCUUAUAUAUACAUACAUGCUUAUACAUACAUAAACUAUAUACUAUAUAUUUACAUAAUUUUUUUUAAUUCGUAAGCCUAAAUGUUCGUAUUUAUGAUAUAUAAUGGUAGCUAUUCAAAAUCUAGACAGACACAUAAUGUACUUGUAUUUUAUUAUUAUAAUGAUGAUAGAGAAGAUAUUAGAGAAGUUUUAAGAGCAUUCCAUGCGAAAGAGUGACAAAAACGCAAAUGACAAUGAAAGAGCAGGUCCAAUCAAAAAACAAAAAAAAUGUUAACUGUCCAUACAUGUGCCUUAAAAUGAAACAAUUAAACGAAAUGUGCUAAAUUCCGCAGUGUACUUAAUAAAGUUAAUAAUGUAACAAUGUACUUAACAUGAUAGAACGAUUAAUGUCAAACUGUAUAGACUGCAAAUUUUAAGCGCGGAACGAAAAACGAAUAUUGAAACAAAGUGAUGAUACGAUACAAUGAUAUCUUUCUGCUUAAUAUGCCAGGGCUAUAUCUUAUAGCUAAGAAAUGUGAAAGGAAACAAAUUAAUUAAGUUACGAAAAGAACAACGAUUUAAGAAUUCACAUACACAGAAACACAUAAAUGUGUAUAUUUUUAUGUAUGCAUCCAAAUUGACUGAAAAAAAAAGAAAAACAAGCAAUUCUGAUUUACAUUACACACAAUUACAAUUGUGAAAAACAAUUAAAAACAAUUUAUGUCUAUCAAAACUGUAAACAACAGACCUUAACAAUCAUUCCAAGCAUUUAAAUGUUGAAACGAAAUACAAAACAUAUUCAAUAAAAGCGCAUUUAUGCAAUUAGAAGUAUUAA